GGCCUCUUCUCCUCGACGUCCACUACUUAAGGCGGCAACGGUGAGCUCCUUAUACGGUCUACUAGUCCAUUAAAGUCAUAAGCCAUCAUGCCUACCAUCGAUGAGCUCGAGGAGUACCUCGCAGAGGUGGAGAACUACAUCGCCUCCCUCCUGCCUGCACUCGAGACGCUCCCCUCCCUUCCGCAACGCAUAUUCGAUGAGCUUCAGCGCUUCGGUCCGCCGUCCUUGCCCGCAUUCCCCACGCUCUCCGUGCAGGUCGUGCCGGCCCCACCUCCACCUCCGCCACCUCCGCCCGCGCCUAAGGGAUGGUGCACCUGGUUCGGAGGUAUGGCCGGAGGCGGCGCAAUGAGAAGGAUCACGGUCGGCGUCGUUGUCACUGCUAGUCUGGGGCUUGCAAGUGUAUACGGGUACAAGAGGUGGCGCUUGCACGUCUUGAAGAAGAGGAAGAGUAGGAAGCUCGCAAGGACGCCGCUCGUUACGGAUGGGCAUAGACGUGAGGCUAUUGUCGUACUUGGUGCCGAUCAUCCCCUUGGUCUGCCCGUCUGCGCGUCCCUCGAGAAGCAAGGAUACAUCGUCAUCGCGACAACGAGCACCCCUUCAUACGCAUCCAAGCUCACCAAGGCAUCUUCGGGCUAUCUGCGCAUCGUUCCACUCGAACCUGCAGAGCCGGUUCUCUCCACAGCGCAGGCAAACGACGGCCCGUCAGCGUUUCCCUCCAAGCUGCAGGUGGCUCUUUCUCAGCGCUUUCCCACCAACUCCGCAGGGGAUCCAUACAUUUCCGCCCAGCACAUCCCAUACGUCACAGGCGUCGUGUCGCUCAUGUCCUUGCCUUCCCCUGCUCCUACGCCCAUCGCUCACCUGCCAAUGAAGGAGCAGUACCUGCCGCACCUCAUUGCCUCCCACUUCACGCCCAUCAUGCUUCUGCAAUCGCUUCUGCCGGUCAUGCAUAGGUCGCCCCUGGGCCGCACGCCAACGAUCAUAGCUCUUGUUCCUGGGCUGUCGUCUCUUCCUGGCACGCCGUUCAGUGGAGCAAGCUCUGCGUCCACCCAGGCAACGAGGUCAAUGCUUACCUCGAUGCGGCGUGAGCUUGCGCAGGCACAUGAUCCUACGAAACUCAUGACGCUCAGCGUGGGGACCAUUGCCCUCCCCAGUGAAGGGUAUGAUGUGACUCUCCCUCCUGAAGCGAAAGAAGCGUACGGAUCCGCCCUGGAGGCAGCCAUGACCUCUGUCGGCCGACGUACGUGGACAAACGCAAAUCGUGUGACAAGAGUAAUCGGGAAGAUCUUCCAAUACUCCGACACGCCCCUCGGUACGGCUUUCUAUUGGUUCAAAGCGGGUACGGUGAACGUUGGUGCGGGAGCGAAUUUGUAUGCAUGUGCGGCACGGCUCCCCGCUCCGGUACUGGACGUCCUCUUCGCGAUUCCGGCGUGGGUCGCGACCCUGCGUGCUCGGCUGAGCUUCAUCCCUUUUGUCCGACCGACGUUCCGUAGGACGUCAGCUCGUGUAGGGAGGGAAGAAAAGAAGCCGCUUUCGAUCGCCCCUGCUCCUAUCGCUGCUCCUCCAGCGCCUGUGCUUACACCUGCACCCGCAGCUCCUGUGCCCACGAGGACCUCGGCUGCAGUAAAUGUCCACGUGCAUGAUGACGCGGUAUCAGAGCCCGAGUCAGACCACUCUCUCGAAGAACAUGAGCAUGAACAUGAACAUAGCGAGAGUGAGUCCGACUGGGAGAAGGUGCGAGACGGCGAAGCUGCGUCUAGGGUCGAGACUCCGGCUUUGGCUGAGCCUUCUGAGGCUAAGCAAGCCUGGCAAACCGCCUGAUGGGAUAGUGCGACGAACCAUUGUCUUGGACCAGACGGUGGAUGAAAGGAAGUAAUAAUGCUUUCCGCGGUCACGUUCUUUUAUUUUCACUUUAUUUCGAUUGAAUCAAAGUUAAGCCCCGAUUGUAUACUUUCUGUACUCUUCUCCUCGACUGAAAUGGAAGGUGUAUGUACAUUACAAUAUUACGCUAUCAUGGCAUAUC